UUCUGUUAUUUGUGUUAAGUAUUUAAUGAUUUUUCUGGUAGCUGUAUGGUAUAUCUAGCUCAAACUUUUGGAUGAGUUCCAUUUGAUGGUUGGUAAUUGUCCAGGUCAACUAUGUUUUACAUUUUGUCCAUCCCCUAGAAAGUUGGUUCAACUCUUCAUUUACUUAGGCACAAAAAAGGGUUGGAUUUUGAUCAUUAUUAUUACUAUAAUAAUGCUGCAAUUUAGCUCUGUUUCUGUGUGGUUCCUCUGCUUCUUCUUCUUGUUCCUCAUUUAGCACAGUCUCCUUAUGCACCCUUUUUUGCCUUUCCUGUAGCUAUUGCAUCAUCUUCUAAAUGUGCAAAUGAAUUUUUAAUUAGAAAUAUAAAAAGACUUAGCAUAUGUACUUGGCUCUGUUUCUGUGUUUUCCUCUUCCUCUUGUUCCUCAUUUACGCAGCCUCCCUAUGCAUAUCUUUUUGCCUUUCCUGUAGCUGUUGUAUCAUACUCUCAAUGUGAAAAUAAAUUUUUAGUUAGAAAAUAAAAAACUUACUGUGUGCUGCUGUGUAAAAAUGCUUCACGACAGUAGUGAAGUUUGAGGUACUGUUACUUUAUUGUUCAGUGAUCAAUGUUCAAUGGGUAGAUUGGUCACCCAACAAUAUCAAUUUGUUGUAACUAAGAUAUUUACUAAGAUUUCAUCUUUGGACCUUUUUCUAUUGGCAAAAAGCUUGAUAGUUGAAGGUAUAUGGCCUUUACAUGUGAGAAGUUCUUGCACACCUAAUCCAUAUGGCGGGUUACCUACCCAUUUACAACAAAUUGGGUUCGAAUUUUAGAUAAUGUUUUUUCAAGGUGAACCUGUUGCAACCAUAAUUCCAAUGGACUGAGGAAAUCAAAACCUUUUGCCCACUGCACAGGUCGGAAUACCUUUGCUGACAAACGUUUCUAUUGCUGCAGUUAUGGGAAAAGUCAAAGACUUCCUAGAAGUCAUAUCUGAAGCUAAUAAACGACUGCAGAAAGACGCCGGGGGCAAUUCUCAGAACUAUGAUAUCGAAGUACUCACUGGAACUGAAUCUGAAGUCAUUGAAAUGGAUUUAAUGCUGGGUGUUGCUGAUCUUCAUACUCCUGAAGCUAUAGCUGCUGCUGAAUCAGCAGUAAAUAGUGGUCAACCAUUGGUUCCUUCGGAUUCAGACAGCAGUGAAACUGAAUCAGAAGGUACAAGUGAUAACGAAAAUAAACUAGACAGUGAUAAGGACGAUGACGACGACAACAACAACAAUGACGAUCAAACAUGCUCUUCUUUGAAACGCAAAACAUCUUUUGGUGAAGAGAGUUCAAGUCAAUGUGCUGGCAGAAAAGGGUCCAGAAAGCGGCCAAAGAUUGUUGAGAUGAGUUGAAACUUAAUCUGCUGGUAGACUCUUGGCUCCAGUGAGUUGAUGAUUAUAUGAUUGUUCUUUGAGAUUUGAUUGUCAACUGCAGUGUUGCUGGUCGGAGAUCGUAGAUGAGUGUUAUCAGAAGGACUAGAGAUAUAUUAAGGAUGUUUUACUGAACUUUUAUGGAUUUCAUUUGGGAGCCAGAGUUGGAAAAUCAAGUUGAGUUUCUGGGCUAUGAAUCUUUCUGAUUGAUAUUUCCAGAGGGCGGAUAAGUUCAAGAUCUAGAUAGGACGCAAAUAGCCUUUUUGUCCAGGUUUAUUUUGAGUGCCUUUUGAAUUUUAAACCUGAUAUAUUUAUCAGAAAUUACUAUUAAUUUUUGUUAAAAUUAACUAUUUAGUUCUAUGAAAUAAAAUCAGAAUAAAUUUGUUUUAGCCUUACUAUAGGCUGGUUCACGUCA